AUGUGCUGUAGGAAGUGCUGUGGUUACCUGCCGCCUUUCUCUCACUUCGCCACCAAUGCCAUCCACUUCGGGCAGGAGCCCGAGCAGUGGAGCUCUUGGGCCGUAGUGCCGCCCAUCACGCUCUCCACCACUUUCAAGCAGGAGGCACCCGGGAAGAACAAGGGUUAUGAUUACAUCCGCUCUGGGAACCCCACUCGGGACUGCCUGGAAAAGGCUGUGGCCGCCCUCGAUGGAGCCAAAUACAGCUUGGCUUAUUCCUCUGGCAUGGCAGCAAUUCUGAACAUCUGUCACCUGCUGAAGCCGGGGGACAGAAUUAUCUGCACUGAUGAUGUCUAUGCAGGUGAGUACAGCACCCUGUGGCUUCAGUCUUCUUUUUGCAGGGGAUCAAACCUCCCUGGGAACUCUCUGACCUGGAGUGUUUUUGGGUUUGUGCAGCUGGUUUGGCUCGAGAGCCCCACGAACCCCACGCUGAAGGUGAUCGACAUCAGAGCCUGCGCUGAGGUGGCACACAAACAUGGAUGCAAGGAUGUGAUGGUGGCCGUGGACAACAGCUUCAUGUCUCCAUAUUUCCAGCGUCCCUUGGCCCUGGGUGCUGAUAUUUGUAUGUGUUCUGCAACCAAGUACAUCAAUGGGCACUGUGAUGUCCUCAUGGGCCUGGUCUCUGUAAACAAGGAAGAUCUCUAUGAGAGGCUGAAAUUCCUGCAGAACUCCCUUGGAGCUGUCCCUUCCCCCUUUGACUGCUUCCUCUGCAACCGGGGGCUCAAGACUCUGCACAUCCGGAUGAAGCUGCACUUCCACAACGGCCUGGCUGUGGCCAAGUUCCUGGAGUCCCAUCCCAGGGUGGAGAAGGUCAUUUACCCAGGGCUGCCUUCCCACCCUCAGUAUGAGGUGAUGAAGAAGCAGUGCACAGGCUGUCCUGGGAUGGUCAGCUUCCACAUCAAAGGGAAUAUCAAAAAUGCCUCUGCCUUUCUCAGGAACUUGAAGGUGUUCACCUUGGCUGAGAGUCUGGGCGGCUUCGAGAGCCUGGCAGAGCACCCGGCCACCAUGACCCACGCCUCAGUGCCUGAGGAGGUAAAGAAAUGCCUGGGAAUCACAGACACCUUGAUCCGCCUGUCGGUGGGGCUGGAGGAUGAGGAGGAUUUGCUGGCAGACCUGGGCCAGGCCCUGGACAAUGCGGUGAGUGGGGGGUUCCCUUCCAAAAAUCAUCCCCAGCUGGCAGCCUUUCCCAGGGGCUGAGCCCUCAGCUGCUCCCUGAGGGACCCUGGGCUGUGGAGGGAAAGUUUCCCUGUUGGCAGCCCUGCCCAGGCACAGUCCCCAUGGAUUCAGGAGCAGUUGGGGUGUCCCA